AUGGCAGGCUCUCGCGGCGCCCUCGUAGUCUUCGGCUCUGGUCCUGGCAUCGGUCGCAAUGUCGCUGCUGUGUUCGCAGAACGCGGCUUCCAAAAGAUUAUUCUCUUGUCUAGAAACAAAACUCGUCUAUCGCAAGACGCCGACUUUGUUCGUGCUGCGAGCGCUGGAGCGAGCGUGGAAGUUAUCGAGUACGACGGUGCUAACAUGGAAAGUGUUCGUGCGGGUUUUAAAGAAGUGGAAAAGAUUAUGGGUGACGUGCCACUUGAGUGUGUGCUGUUCAAUCACGCGAGACUGGGACCGAGCAAAUUCUUUGACUUCACUGUCGAGGAGCUGGACAUUGAUCUCCGGGUCAGUGUCACCAGCCUCUACGCUGUCGCGAAGUGGGCGAUGCCCAAGCUGCUUGAGACGGCGGGAUCGUCUGACGCAAAGACGCCAUCGUUCAUCGUGACCAGUGGUAUGUUGGCAAAAGACCCGUUCCCUGCCAUGUUCUCUCUUGCGGCCUGCAAAGCCGGGCAGUAUAACCUGGUUCACUCACUGCACAAGGAAUACGAAUCCAAAGGUGUGCAUUGCGCUUUGGUUGUCGUCGGUGGAACCGUGGAUGAGAAGAUGUCUGUCACGAACCCAAGAAAUAUCGCUGGGGAGAUUUUCGAAUUGUUUGAACGACCUCAAGGGAAGGGUCAGUUGGAGCUGAUUUUGAUGGAUCCGGAAUACCAGAAGCACAUUCAGAGGAGAGAGCAAGGAUGGAAGUGA